UAUUGAAAACCGUUGAAAGCAAUAAUGCUUGGUCAUAUGCUUCUCAGUAAGAUAAACUCAAGACGAAAUAAAAAACAAGGAAAAAAACUCAACAGUUAAAAUGUUGGUGAGAGCGGCGUAUUCGAUUUUUUUCCUCUUCAUUUGGUGUUACUUGUCACUUGGAUACAUCACACGCCUGCAUUGUCGUCGCCAUGGAAAUUUCUCCAUCAUUAAAUUAAACACAAGGUUUAAUGGUAUUGCGGAGAAAUCUAUGGAUGGUUUGACAAGAUCUGAAUGCGUUUUAUCAUGUCUGACAUGCGAUAGUUGCUCGUUUGUCAAUUAUCACGCAACGAAUCUUGCGUGCGAGUUAAUGAACUCCGAAGGAAAUGAAACACCAGAAGAAGGUUGGCAAUUUUUGUCAACAAAUUAUGGAACGAGAAAUAGGGGACCAAUCUGCCGUUCAAUUAGUCCGUGUGCUCUCACAGAAGCUUGUGUUGAUACUUGCUUUGAAGACGAUCAAGUGGGCUACAAGUGCAUACCCAAUCAGUUUAAAAAAUUGCCUCCUGCGAUUAUGGGAGCGUAUCCGCAUGAUGUUUCACACCCAAUAGGUUACUUACAGGACGGGAAAGAUUAUACUUACGCUGGAGCUCUGGGUGCUACCAACAGUCACUUUGUCAUACAUUUCAGUACGACAAUACCCGUUCGAUUUGUAACGAUUCGUUUGCAAUCGACUGUUCAAAAGGGUGUAAUCACAGUUGAUAAUAAAAUUUGUUCAUGAAUACCAGAGUUGGCUGGUGUUGAGUUUGUCGUGGAAUGCAAUUCAUAUUUAUCCGGUCGAAUAAUUGUUUUCAGACAUCUACUGGGCUCUUCACAAUCAUUGGCUGUGAACGAGUGGUAUGUUUAUGGUGACUUAUAAACAAAUCAAAUAAGAAAA